CAUAUAUCAAGUGAGUAUUGUUGACUCAAUUUAUGUAUAUCAAUUAUCGACGUACGUAACUUAUAACUUUUUUCGUUAUAUCUUAGGAUCUUCGAGGACGAAAUGCGCUACGUAAAUCCUUCACUAACCGAAGCGGAGUUAGAGAGUGCUUUCGACAAGGAUUUUAUGUUGUGGUUUGGCCAUUAUGUGAUUCGCCCUUCUAACAAUGAUUUGAACCCGUAUAUCAAGUCGCUUGCAGCCGGGCCUUUAACUGAGAUUGAGACAUACUCCGGGUAUUUUGUGAAUGGCUAUAGAUUUCACACGACUGAUCUUGAUGGAGAGCGCGCAACUGUGAACAGUGGCGUGUGCAUAAAAGGCUCAGUCUAUGGUAGAGAUGUGCAAGACUUUUAUGGGCGUCUACAAGAGGUGUGUGUGCUGGAGUAUGGGGGGUAUCCAAUUAAGAAGACAGUCUUGUUCAAAUGUGAAUGGUUUGACUUGUCUGCUCGGGGAACUUCUAUUGAUACAAACUUCAAGUUGGUAUCAGUGAACCAGACAAGAAAAUAUCAGAAGUAUGAUCCAUUUGUUUUAGCGAGUCAGGCAGUUCAAGUUGAAGUCUCCACUGCCGCAUCUAACUUAACAUUGCAUCAACCGUUUCAAGAAGAGGUUGUUACUAUUACGUCUACCCACACAUCUGUGGACAUUGACCCACCAAUUCUUGUUCAUCCCCUCGGUGGAAUCGUUGACAUUGAAGAUGACGAUGACCCAGAAGACGACGACCAACCGUUGACAUCUGAUGACGACGCCAGUAAUGAUGAUGACAGUAGUUGA